UGUUGCUCUCGACAAAUGCACCUUGUUUUGCUGUGAUUUUGAGGUGACAGAAGAAAUCAGAAAAGCAGUUUGUUGAUGCUACUUUUGCUUCGUGAGGCAACUUUAAACAAAACCCGUUCUUCACGGCUGUCAGAUUAGGAGGAUCGCUGCACGAGCCGUCAUAUGAGACGGUGAGCCCGCUGCUCUGCCCACCGUUAGAAAACUGCUCUCUCUCUGGGCAUGACUGCCCAUUUGGCUUCCAGCAAGACCCCAGCGGCUGUCUGCUGUGCCAGUGUGUCAGCAAUGAAACCUGUCCUGAUGUGUCCACGCACUGCUCUCUGGAGUGUCCUAUGGGUUAUGAGAAAGACAGCUAUGGUUGUGAAGUGUGUGAAUGUAGUGUAGCCACACCAAAGUGUCGCCCCAUGACCUGCAGCAAGACAUGCCCUUAUGGAUACAUGAGGAACAAGCACGGCUGUGAGAUGUGCCGCUGCGUCCGCUGUCCGCCGUUCACCUGCGACAAACACUGCGGCGGCGGCGGCGGCGGCUUCAGAAAGAGCAGGAAGGGCUGCAGCGUCUGCGAGUGUGAAGACAGACACAGCGCCUCCUCCAGCUUCUGUCUGACGGCGAGCGGCCGGCGCUUCGAGGACGGAGACGGAUGGCACGACGGCUGCCGAGACUGUUUCUGUCACGCCGGCCGAGAGAUGUGUGUGCUGAUCAGCUGCCCUGUGCCCAGCUGUGUCCACCCUGUGCUCCGAGCCGACCAGUGCUGCCCCGGCUGUGACGCCCUGCCUCAGGCUGAAGAGAAAGUACAUUUUAUGACCGUACAGUAG